AUGUCAGAAAUGCCAACAUUAUCAAAUACGAAAGUUUUCGCAAAUGCUAUGGGAAAAAGUGCUGAAACUUUGUUGCCUGCUGUAAGCCUGACCAACAUCAGGCUUGCUGCUGCAUCUGCUUUGCUGUAUGCCGUCGUACUUGGAGUGAUUACUUCAUAUUCGGCACCUGCUACUGCUGAUAUGAAGAGGCCGGGUAGCAGGUUCUCUGAUGUGACUCCUGAUGAAAUAACAUGGAUUGGCAGCUUGCCAAAUCUUGGCUGUCUGUUUGGAAAUUUAAUUGCAGGCUAUGCUACUCAUGAGUUUGGUAGGAAAACAGUGAUGAUGUUUGUGUCCAUAUUCUAUCUGACUAGCUGGUUAAUGGUUGCAUAUGCUCCUUCAAUGAUGUGGAUGUACUGUGGGCGAUUGAUUGGUGGAAUUUGCGCUGGUGCAUGCUGUGUUGCAGUUCCUACAUAUAUUAUAGAAAUUGCACCUACAAAAAUCCGUGGACAACUUGCUUCUGGUUUUCAAAUUGCUUAUACUAUCGGAGUUCUGUAUGUAAUGGGCCUGGGCAUCUUCCUUAGGUGGUCAUGGCUGGCAAUUUCUGGAGCUGUCAUUGUGGCCUGUGCAUCAUGCCUAAUGGUGUUUAUGCCUGAAUCGCCGCCAUGGCUGGUGCGUGCAUCUAGACCAUUGGAAGCAGAAAAUGGUUUGAGGUUUUUAAAAGGCCCAUCCACCGAUACACAGAGAGAACUCCAAUCGAUUAUGGAUAAUAUCGCGGAAAACAAAGAGGAAGGUAUUCGCUUGGAAGAGCUACUUCUUCCAGAAAUCUAUAAACCAACAGCUAUUGCUCUCGCGCUGAUGUUCUUUCAGCAAGCCUGUGGUAUCAGUCCACUAAUGACUUACACGGUGGAGAUCUUCCAUUCUGCUGGAAGUUCGAUUGAUCCUGCCGUUGCUGCAACAAUAGUUGCCCUCGUUCAAGUCAUUGCCACGGUUUUAAGUGGAAGUCUGAUGGACAGAUCCGGUCGAAGGUGUUUGUUCGUAACAUCAGGAAGCAUAAUGUUUAUUUCUUUAGCAGUUCUUGGCAGUUACAGUUUCAAAUUAAAUCAAUACUUAGUUAGUUAUCAUUUUGUUGGAUAUAUACCACUCAUAAGUUUCGCUACGUACAUAAUUGCUUUUUCGCUUGGCAACGGCCCUAUUCCCUACGUAAUGAUACCAGAAAUAGUACCUAUUAAGUUUCGAAGCCCAGUUGUGGCUGCUGCCGGGGUACUUUGUUCACUCCUGGCUUUUGUGUUUAAUAAAAUAUUCGAGGACAUGCGCCAAGGCUUAGGAGAUUAUGGUGUGUACUGGACUUACAGCUUUUUUUCUUUAAUUAGUGCAUUGUUUGGAUUUUUUAUACUUCCAGAAACUAAAGGAUUAACUAUGCGCCAAAUUAGCAAAUCUUUUUCGCAUUCUGAGAAGAAAUAAGUAACUGUUUCUCCAUUUUUAAGAUAAAAUAAUUUAUUAUUGUUUGUUA